GCCUUUAACGGCCGCGGAAGCUCCCUCGCCUUUGCCUUUUCGUCGAGCAGAAAGAGGCAGCGGGAGAGAAGGCGGCCGCCUCUGCGAUCUUCUUAAGGGCAAGCGGGAGCGAAGGAGAGACGGCGUGAAAGAAGCCUCGAGCAGCCUGGAGCCGGAGGGCCUGGUCCAUUUAAAGCAGCCUCUCCGAUUUCAGAAAAAAUUGGCAUCCUAUCCACUAGUCAACUAAAGUCAAGAGUUCAAAAUCCCAAUGACAGAGCAAGAGCAAGAAUGGGAAAACUUAAACAAGUUAUUAAGACAACAUGGCUUAAGACCUGUGUGCCUUGAUAUGCCUGGAAGUUGCGGAAAUGUGCCAGACACAGAGAAAAUUGUUAUGGACAAACCGUCUUCCGAAGCAGUACAGCAUGCACUGAAAACAUUACUGGAAGAGACAGAGCGUCAACGAAAAAUUAUUCGUGGCUUGAUAGAGGACAAUCACCAGCUUAGAGAUGAAUUACGCUUGGAGAGGAGUCGGGCUUCCCGACAGGAACAACGAGCGAACGAUUUGGACGUUAUUGUGGAAAAUGUAAAACAUAAAAUACGUCAACUAGAAGACGAGUCAAUAGCCAAUGCUUCUCAGCAACAUAACCAAAUCAGAGAUCUUCAAAAAGAUCAUGAAAUUUCACAGGCAGUGUACUGCCACCAAGUGAAACAAUUGGAGGAGCAAGAAGAGACGAUUGGCCAUUUACAAAAGGAGCUUUCCAAGCUGGGUCUGGAAGAGCAGCAGCGUAUCGCCACUCAGAAAAAAGUGUUCCGCCAGUUUUGUAAGCAGGCUCCAAGAACUCACUUAGAUCAGCAGAUUUGUUGUCUAAUUGAUCAUUAUGAAUCUCAGAUCAGCCAUGUGAGAAAAGAACUAAGGAAGUACAAGAAAGAGAUCAAUCAUUUACAAGACGAAGGAAAAGAGGAGGACGAAUUCUUGAAGAAUAUAGAUGCUACUGCUAAUUACAAAGCUCUACUUAUGUCUUUCCAGACACAGAUAAUUGAAACAAAAGCUCGAAAUGAACAACUUGUGCAUGAAAAUAUUAAUCUUAAGAAAGAGAUGGAAAUUAGGCCAACUGUGCAAGAAUUAAAAUUUUAUAAACACCAAGUGAAGAAGCUGGAGAAAACAUUGAAGAACAUCAAAUCACCGGAGAGCAGCAAAGAAGAAAACAUGAAAGAAAACAAAGAACUUAAAAAAGAUUUGGGAGGGAGCCAGCUGCAGGAAGUUUGCAGAAGAUAUUUACAAGUAUUAUCCAGCAUUGACUCUAUUAUCAGAAGCCCAAGAAGAGCUCCUCUAAUAACACUUAUGCAGAAAAAGGGCCUUGGGAAAAGCUGGGUUGAGGAGGAAAGUGGAUUUGAGCAUCUCCCUGCUGUGAUUGAAACCUGGGCAGAUCAGCUAAUGGCCCUGAAGAUCUUGCACCAGUCUCUGAAAAAGCUCUUUCUGCGGUUAGUUCCUUGGCAUUCCAAAACUGUGCAGGACACUAAUGAAUAUAUUAGAGUUGAGGAUCUUCAGCAAAUAGUGGAGGAACUCUCUGACGAAGUAGGCAAUGAAGAAAAGAAAAGUCUGAUCCCUUCACAACAAACCUUGUAUGCCAUUGUAUGUCAUUUUCAAAAACUGUUUGAUGUGAAGACUCUAAAUGGCGUUUACCCUCGAAUGAAUGAAGUUUAUACAAAACUUGGUGAAAUGAUCAACGCUAUGAGGAACCUCUGUGACCUGUUAGAACUAGAUUGCUCGGCACCACCUAGUGUCCUGGUGAACACUGUUGGAAAGCUGUGCAAUUUGUUUAAUGAGAAUGUGGCCUGGCAGGUGGAACAACUGCUGGGCACACAAGACAUCGAAAGCAUUAUCUACAAGUUAGAAGAACAUGACGACUUUUUCCCAGCAUUUCAUGCUCUUAUUAACAACUUGCUUCGUGUUUUAGGUAAGCACUUUCUGCAAAUUAAUGAUAAUAGAGAGGCUAAGGCUUUCGGUAAAUUAUUCCAAAUGAAUUUUGUUUUCACCAGUAUUUAAGGGCAACAUUUAACUUUUGAACUUUUGAACUGUAUCUCAGAAGAAAUUUAUAAUCAUGUGGAAUUAUCCAUUGUCCUGGUAAGUCAGUGUUGUAUAUCCCACAUCAAAAAAAAAAUUAAAAAAAUUAAGUGAUCAAAGGGCACCCAAAAUUAUUGCUCAGUUGUAAUUUUAAUACAUGUCUAGAAAGUAGUAUUAUAAAUAAAUUAAAAUUGUAAAAUAGUUUUUCCCUCUGCAUCCUUUCUUUUUUGGACUAUAUGCCUACCUGUUAUAUAAUUUUACUGUCAGAAUCAAGUAGAAAGUGAUCUUAGGCUCAUUCAGCAAAAUUAAUAGUAAUUAUAUAAAGAUUGUACACAUGAUGUUUUAUAUUGGCUACUUAUUUUAUUGGGGAUUGCCAGCCAUUCAGCAGGACAAUUCAGUCAUGAAGUUGCUGCGAGUGAUAUGCUGUGACUGCAUCUUUUGAGAGGCUCGGUGCAUUUGCUUUGAAAGCAUGUUAAGGUCUUCCUAGGACUCCAAAAGACUUCCCCUUGGAUUGCCACUGAGGGUUGUUUGUUUUUACUGCCAUUUUCAUUGGAGGAGUCCACUGUGAAUGUAGGUGAGAUGACCUUGGAUAAAACCCUGAAAUAGCCAUGUUCAACCUUCAUGUGGACAUGUUUUUAUGAAUUGUAGCAAUAUUGCAAGAGAAGAACCCUUUCAUUUCAGAAGCUGAUGAAUAUAAUUUAAGAAAUCUUUAGAAUGUAUAUUCAAUCCUGGUCAUUUUGAGUGUAGGGUUCUAUUCUGUCCAGACUGGAGUUUUCCAUUCAUAAACUAAUUAUAGCCUGGUUUGUUUAUAGUUUACUUCCGAAAUGUAACGGAAAUUUUACAUACUUUACAAUAUAAAGUAUAAAUAUAGAGCCAUACCUUUUACGUACUUCUUUGGAUAUCUAAAAAUAGGCAACUGUUGAAUUGAAAAGGCAAAAUAAUGUUUGCAAAAUUGCUUUUGUUUCAGAAGUCAGAAGUCUUGCAGAAAUAUUACCUGCUGUACAGAAGCUGAAAUGGAUGGUCCGAUAAUGUAAACUAAAUGUAAACCUUUAUCAUAUUUACCUCUUAUGUAUUUU